AUCUGUAGCCCUCUUAGCUAGUGGAAGUAAAGAAAGCAGAAGCCAGCAGGGAAACAGCAUCCUCGGAGGCUCACAGCCACCUGUGUGCUACCUGGCCAAGACUGGUGUUCCCAGCAUGAGGAAGUAGCCCAGGAAAACCAGAGGACCACAGGGUGGCACCGGCCCUUCUCGGGUCCCUGGAAGACAGUGUAACCUGUAAGCCAGGCCACAAGCCUCUCCUGUAUCCGUCCAGCGGCCUCCACCCAGGUUUCCUGGGGACAGAAACAGAACACCUUCCCUUCGCCACAGGUGCGGAUCUUCUGCUGAAAGGGCAGUCAUUCCGUCCACGCACUUCCCACCCAUCCACACCCAUCUCAAAGACACCACCCCAGACACUGUGGGUCCCGGGAGAUGUGGGCGAGCAGUGCAGGGGCACUCGCUUGGCAGUGCCCGCCCGACAUUCCGCCGUGCCCAGAGGAGGCGCCACAGCAUAGGAGAGCAGCGCCAGCAGCUGGUGGCCUCGACCCUGAGACUUCUGAAUCCCUGAACCUUGGGGACCCUGAAGCUCCCACCGCAGCCCGCGCCCGCUCGGCUUCGGGAUUUUUUGUCUAUAUAAGGGCUCGCGGCACUUGGAGAGCCGGCUGGCACUGGCUGCCGUUUCUCCGCACCCGCCUGCGGUCCCUGGCUCUGGAACUAUUUAACACAUUUGCUAACCUUGCAACCUUCAAUGCCUCAACCCUUCAGAUCCAUAGCAGGCUUUCAUUACGUGCUACUUCUCUAGAAUUUAAAUCUCUGGAUCCAGAUGGCCCUGGGAGUACAGCCGGGGCAGGAAGACUUGUGCCUUCAAGACCACAUGCCUUCACGCCCCAGUAUAGACUCUGA